AUGCUAGAAGGCUUUAUUAAAAAAUAUGUGCUUAUUUUGUUGUUUGGUCUUGUCAUCUCAAGUGAUCAUGUAGAAGAGUGGCCAGCUUGUACUCAUGUGGAUCCUUAUGAAAACCUUGGGGAUUGGAUGCAGGUGAAUGCUGAAAGUUCGAAAUGCAAUCACACUACACAAGCUGAUCGAGAGACGGAAAGAGAAGCCGAAAGGAGAAAAUGGGGUGAACGAGCAUUUUCUUUUGACAUGGUUUCCAGUGAUAAAAUCGGUCCAAGACGAAUACUCGACUAUCAGGCAGAAAAGAACUGUAAAAAUGCGAGCUUUCAACACGACCAAUCAGUGUCAAUUGUGAUCAUUUAUCACAACGAAUGUCUUUCCGUUCUCCUUCGAAUGCUCACAUCGAUUUUCGAUCGAACACCUGAAAGCAAUCUGCAAGAAAUAAUUCUCUACGAUGACGCUAGUGAAGUCGAGCAUAUCUUAGUCGAGAAAUUACAAGAAUUUGGACAUAUUACCGAGAAAAGCGAUAUUUUGAAAAUCCAUCGAAACCCGGAACGAGAAGGACUGAUUCGAGCAAAAGUGUUAGCUUCACGAAUGGCAAUUGGCGAUGUGCUCAUUUUUCUCGAUUCACAUUGUGAAGUGAGCGAAGGAUGGCUGCCACCACUUCUCGAUCCGAUUCACAAAAAUCCAAAGAGCAUCGUUUUACCGAUUGUUGACCUGAUUUCUCCAAUCACUUUCAAAUAUUCAAAGGCAUUAAUCGCUCGUUGUGGCUUUGAUGAUGCUCUCAAUUUUAAAUGGCUUUAUCUACCUUGGGAAUAUUGGAAUGUUGAAGAGAACAUCGUGAAACCAUUUGAAUCACCAUCAAUGUCCGGUGGGCUUUUGGCGGUGCAAAGCGAGUUUUUCCGAGAAAUCGGGGAAUAUGAUAUGGGAAUGGAGAUUUGGGGAGCCGAAAAUCACGAAUUAUCGCUCAGGACUUGGUUAUGCGGAGGCCGAGUGUUGAUUGCUCCAUGUUCACGAGUGGGACAUGUCUUUCGAAUGAGAAGACCUUACAAGAGUGCACCAAAAAACAAAGAAGCGGCUAGAGACACGAACUCAUAUAAUUCAGCUCGAACGGCUAAAGUUUGGCUAGGCGAUUAUUUGAAAUACUUCAUUCGGGCAAAUCCGAGAGCAGCUAAAUUGAAUGUGGGAGAUCUGAAAGAAAGAUUCGAGAUAAAAGAACGCUUAAAAUGCAAGGAUUUCUCAUGGUUUCUCGAAAAUGUUUAUCCAGAAUUCAAGAAAAUCGACGAAAAUGUUGAUAAAGAAGAGUUG